UGGGGUGGGGGUUGCCCAGCUGCCAUCCCCGCCGCCUCCUGGCCCCCACUCUCUGGCGCCCCAAGUAGGAGGGCGGCAGCUGCCCGCUCCCUCCUCCCCACACCCCCGCUACCUGCCCAGUCCCCGAAGCGAAGCGUGAGGAGGCUGAGAGCCAGUCGGGCGAGCCCACAACUUUGCAGCCUCGGGGAAGACCAGGGCUGGCGUCCGGGGCUCCUCCUGUCGCGACCGGAGCUCGGAAUGUAAUCGAGGAUGCUGGCCCUGCGGCUGCUCAACGUGGUGGCCCCCGCCUACUUCCUUUGCAUUUCCCUGGUGACCUUCGCGCUGCAGCUCUUCCUCUUCCUGCCCAGCAUGCGUGAGGACCCCACAGCCACCCCGCUCCUCUCGCCUGCCGUGCUUCACGGGGCGCUCUUCCUGUUCCUCUCAGCCAAUGCCCUGGGCAAUUACGUCCUGGUCAUCCAGAAUUCCCCAGACGACCUGGGCGCCCGCCAGGGAACCUCGGCCCAGAGAUCGCAGUGCCCACCGCCCAGCACCCACUUCUGCCGAGUGUGCUCCCGAGUCACGCUGAGGCACGACCACCACUGUUUCUUCACCGGCAACUGCAUCGGCGGCAGGAACAUGCGCAACUUCAUCCUGUUCUGCCUCUACACCUCGCUGGCCUGCCUUUACUCCAUGGUGGCCGGCGUGGCCUACAUCUCAGCUGUCCUUUCCAUCUCCUUCGCCCACCCCCUGGCCUUCCUCACGCUCCUGCCCACUUCAAUCAGCCAGUUCUUCUCCGGAGCUGUCCUCGGUUCUGAUAUGUUCGUCAUCCUCAUGCUCUACCUCUGGUUUGCUAUCGGCCUGGCCUGCGCGGGUUUCUGCUGCCACCAGCUGCUGUUGAUUCUCCGGGGGCAGGCCCGCUACCAGGUUCGAAAGGGGGUGGCAGUGAGAGCCCGGCCCUGGCGCAAGAACUUACAGGAGGUCUUCGGAAAGAGGUGGCUGCUGGGCUUGCUGGUCCCCAUGUUCAAUGUCGGCACUGAGAGUUCCAAGCAGCAGGACAAAUAGAUGGCAAACACUUCUGUCUCAGUUCUCCCGAACCUAGGACCACAGCAUAAGCCCACCCUUGUCCCUAUCUGUGACACACCACACUCUGUCCUAGGAAGGACCUCAUAUCCACCCCAGGUCUUCAACCCUCAGAGGAUAUGUUAACAGGUGCCUCCUGACAUGGAGGGGAAAUGGCCACCUGGGCAUCACUAGGCUGCUCUCAGGCCAGCCAGGUAGGUAGUUGCUAAAUCGUUAGGGUUUUUCUGCUUCAAGUUUUCUUCUGGAAAGCCCUGCCCCUGCCCCCUGCCUGGCCCGUCCACUCUCAUGUCUCAGGUCAUGGCUGCUUUUGCUAAAGCCCUUCUCUUCAUUUUGAUAGUGGAGACUGUUCUUGCUGCUGGAGGGAGACUCCCCAGGACAUGGAGGCUGGUUAAUGAAUGGUACAGUUUCCAUGCAUGAGCGGCAGUCAAGGAAGCUCUGCUAGUGAAAACGGGAAGGGGUAGGGAUGCAUCCUCAUCCCCUGGAGGGAGAGUCAGUGUGUGUGUGAGGGGAAGCACAGGCUUCCCUGUGCACUCGCUGCUCAGCCCAUGUACAAGACCCUUUCCCCAGACACAGCAUCACUGACCUGGUGUUUUGUUGAUGCCGUUUCCUGCCUGUCCCAGCUGGCCACCCCAGCCUAGCCCGAGAGUUAGCUGGAUACUUCUCCUCCCUAGGAGUCCUCUGGCCUCUCUCUCUUUGGCCUCCAGCCUCCAGAUUUUUGCUGGAUAUUGGGAAGGGAAGAUGGGAGAGAGAAAAGGGAGUUACUCACCCAUAAGUAACAAGGGAAGUGUGUUUCUAUAUAGCCUUAUACAAUUGUGUGUGUGUGUGUGUGUGUGUGUGUGUGUGUGUGUGUAAGAGGGAGUGGAGGUGAGGAGUGUUGUUAUGAGGAAGAGUGAGAAUUGGAAGGGAAAGCGGGAGGGGUAAAUAGGUUGACUGUCUUGCAGCUGAAGCCAUCCAGUGUCUGAAUACAAACUGGAGGGAGCGCUAGCCGCUGGAGGUAUUUUAACAAGAACUAGGCAGUUAUCUACCAGAGUGUUAUGGAAGAGAUUUUUGUACUAGUUUGUUCUAGAUGAACUUAGAGAUCCCUUUCCCCUCCUUGAUUCCAGUGUCAUUUCUGAUACUGCUGGGCCCAGGGGCAGGAUCUUUAGAGUCACCUGGGAGUUACCUGCUUUCACAGGGCAGAGGUUAGAAUGAGCAUGGGUUAGGGUCUAACAGUCAUAACACAGGCUUUCUGCACCCCCAUCCAGCCACUCAGGAGACUCCCUGAUGUUAGCAGUGGCUGACAGAGGCUAGCAGUGGAGGCAGGGAGGUAUAACUGUAGGGAGGGCCAGGUCAGGGCAGUUGUAGGGAGAGAAAAGCCUGGAGGUCAUGUUCAGCCCCGAGGAGUUUGUGGGAAUGACAGAAUAUUGAAGUACAAUGGCCAGUCCAUCCCGACUAGCUCUAGAUGGGGGCACUGCCUUGUGUUUUGAGACCCAGAGAAGCAGAACAGACCUCUGGGGCAUAUGAAGGAGUGGGAGCCACAUAAAAAAAAGUCCUCUCCUGACUUGGUUCCAAGGCCAAUCCAACAUCUAUACAGGCUUUGAGGCUGAAGCCCAAGCUCUGCAAUGUUCAGUAGGUGGCCACAGUGACCAGAAGCCAUUGAUCCAUAAGACCCUGGAUUCUUGAACAGAGCUUAAGAGGAUGUUAUGCAGGCCCUACUUUGGUGCCCUCCAGAGGACUAACGUAGUAAUGGCUCUUCUGCUCACACUUCUCCCUCCAACAUUCAUUCUUUUGGGCCUCCAUUUGGUCAUCCUCCAUUCGUUCAUCCUGCCUAUAUUUAUCAAGCACCAACUGUGAGCUGAAUCUUGGUCACGAGCCAUCCAGAUGCAUACCUUCAAGGGUAGAUGAUUCCUACAGUUCUACUCUGCUGUCUUGGCAGUCACUGAAGCCAGCCCCUUGGAGGGGAAAAGAUGCAGCAGGGCAGAAGGAAAGUCUAAGCUUCCUCAGUGGAAAAGCCGUUAGGGGUAUCUUUAUUCCCAAUUCUGGGCACCCCGUUAGCGGCAUGAAGAAACAAGGGUGGGCAAUGUCUGGACAGCUCAGGCCUUGGGGCUCUCUUGGCCCUAGAGUUCAAACUUGAAAGCCAGCCCUGCAUUGUCCAGGCUCAGUACCAUGGAGUCCAACAUCCCAGAGGGAAAAGGGAGAACUUCUGGUGGCCAUCCCUUAAACACUUGUCAAGGAGGAGUGGCUGUGGGGAGGUUGCCAGGUGUGGUAUUUGAGUAGCACUUGUGCCCAUGGCCCUCUGUUGUUCAUGAAGAAUAUCAAUAAAACAUGUGGUUUUCAACUGUC